UUGGAAGGCCGCGCAGCUUGCAUUCCACCCUCUGCCCAAUUUCGAGCUUGCCGAAGCUCCUUCUGUCCACGCCAACCCAAUUCUACUUCCCCAGUUUUUUCACGAAUAGCCAACGAUGGAGGACGAGGUCGCUGCUCUUGUUAUUGACAAUGGUUCCGGCAUGUGCAAGGCUGGCUUCGCUGGUGACGAUGCCCCUCGCGCUGUGUUCCCCUCCAUUGUUGGUCGCCCUCGUCACCAGGGUGUCAUGGUUGGAAUGGGCCAGAAGGACUCCUACGUCGGUGACGAGGCUCAGUCCAAGCGUGGUAUCCUCACGUUGAAGUACCCGAUCGAGCACGGUAUCGUCACCAACUGGGACGACAUGGAGAAGAUCUGGCACCACACCUUCUACAACGAGCUGCGUGUCGCGCCCGAAGAACACCCGGUCCUCCUCACGGAGGCGCCGCUCAACCCGAAGGCGAACCGCGAGAAGAUGACGCAGAUCAUGUUCGAGACGUUCAACGCGCCCGCGUUCUACGUCGCCAUCCAGGCCGUGCUCUCGCUGUACGCGUCUGGUCGCACCACCGGUAUCGUGCUCGACUCCGGCGACGGUGUUACGCACACGGUCCCCAUCUACGAGGGUUUCGCGCUCCCGCACGCGAUCCUCCGUCUCGACCUCGCCGGCCGUGACCUGACGGACUUUUUGAUCAAGAACCUGAUGGAGCGCGGCUACCCCUUCACGACGACCGCCGAGCGCGAAAUCGUCCGUGAUAUCAAGGAGAAGCUGUGCUACGUCGCGCUCGACUUUGAGCAGGAGCUCCAGACCGCCGCGCAGUCGUCCGCGCUCGAGAAGAGCUACGAGUUGCCGGACGGUCAGGUCAUCACCAUCGGUAACGAGCGCUUCCGCGCGCCCGAGGCGCUCUUCCAGCCGGCCUUCCUCGGUCUUGAAGCCGCGGGUAUCCACGAGACGACGUACAACUCGAUCUUCAAGUGCGAUCUCGAUAUCCGUCGUGACCUGUACGGCAACGUCGUCCUGUCCGGUGGUACCACUAUGUUCCCGGGUAUUGCGGACCGUAUGCAGAAGGAGCUCACCGCGCUCUCGCCGUCGUCGAUGAAGGUCAAGAUCGUCGCGCCGCCCGAGCGCAAGUACUCCGUGUGGAUCGGUGGCUCUAUCCUCGCCUCGCUCUCGACGUUCCAGAACUUGUGGUGCUCGAAGCAGGAGUACGACGAGUCCGGCCCGGGCAUCGUCCACCGCAAGUGCUUCUAAGCGCGCGGCGGCGACACUGCGCGGGGCGAGCGCCAAGCAUAGCAAGGGUGCUCGCUCAGCGUAGCGAGGGUGCAUAUCCGACGUGGCGGAACUGCACGCUCGACGGGCGCCGGUCAUGCUCAACUGCGAGGCGGGGUGACCAACGCACGCGGCGAGGCUCAGGAAGGAAGAAAGAGAACGGGAGAGGACUUUACGUAUAUGGCUUUUAUAUUUUUUAGUUCGAUUGUAGGAAUGGAAUGCCCUUCGCCUUCGGUGUGCGCUUCCGUCGUCGUUC